CACACACACACUUUUCUUGGCCCCUUGGUGCCACUUUUCCACCGUGUUGUACCUCACAGGUCCCAGUGUGUCACAGCAUGUGGAUGGAUUUGAUACACAUUAUUGUAACCGGUGUGACGUCAGUUCGUGCUGAGAGAGAGAGAGAGAGAGAGAGAGAGAGAGAGAGAGAAUCGGUGCAGAUCCCAGCGCAUCUUCAGACCCAGAGGCAGCAGCUGCACCUCUUCCUCCUCCCUCUCCUCCUCCUCCUCCUCCUCCUCCUCGCCUCUCCGGUCCGCGGGGCCACACACCCGGCUGGGAAACGUUCAACAUGCCCGCUGAACUGCUCCAGCCGGGCUCGGUGUCGGUGUUUCCACUUGUGGAGGGAUUUACUCGUACCAGCGGACGAAUUCAGUCCUGAUGGAUCUUGCGCGCUGAGAGCUUGAAGUUAGAGGCUGAAACUGGACAACUUGUUAUCAGGAGCAGGUUUCGUGUGUUCAUGAACAUGUUGUUGUGGGGGUCAUCCCGGGAAUCUGCUGCUGCCGGCUGCCGCUGCGCCCCGUGACGCGCCGGGGAGCGAGGCGAAGAAAAACACCCGGAGAGUCCGGAGAGGGAAAACUAAAACCUCUCUGCUGUUUCAAGGCUUCUUCGUUCAGGAUUUGUCACCCCAGGCGCGUGCGUGGUUUCAUAUCCUCCGGGAUGCCUCCCGUGUCUCGGCUCCGUCCUCCUCUGACUCGGCUCGGGAUGGAUGUUGCGCAGUGAGGGGGCUCCAGCCUGCGGAUAAUCACUCUCUGGACUUUUUUUUUUUGGCUCCUCGUGCUGCUCGUGGAUCUCCCUCAUGCAGCUCCUCCGGCUGGCCUGGGCUCUGACUGCAGCUGCGGUCUGCUUCCUGCUCCUGCUGCUCCUCCACCGCCAAGUCCUCCGAGAAGGUCAGCUGGCAGCAGGGACCUGUGAAAUCGUCACUCUGGACCGGGACAGCAGCCAGCCGAGGAGGACCAUCGCCCGACAGACGGCUCGCUGCGCCUGCAAAAAGGGACAGAUCGCCGGGACGACACGAGCCAGACCAGCCUGCGUCGACGUUAGCAUCGUGUGGACUCGACAGUGGUGUGACAUGACUCCGUGUUUGCACGAUGAAGGCUGUGAUCUCCUGGUCAAUCAGUCGGGCUGGACCUGCACGCAACCAGGGGGACGAGUCAAGACCACCACGGUCUCCUGACAGCGGCGGCAGGAACAGACGCUCCCCAGAGACAGACUGGGUCCCAUCGUCCAUCGCCCAUCAUCGCCAAGCGGAGCAUCCUCUGCCGCAGCAUCAGCCGCUAUCAGAGCCGCGGGGCGAGACGACGACACUCAAUGCUUCACGCAUGGCGGGUGACCCGAGGAGGCUGCAGCCUGAAGACACAGAAGAAGAAAGUGACUCCUUUUAUUUUCCUGGAGGUCUGAAAGGCAGAUCAUGACAAGCUGCUGGAAUCGAUCGCUUUUGUUGGCACAAACUCUGUUUCGUUUUUACAGACCAAAGAUGAACAGAGCCGACAAAGAGACGUUUUUUUUUAAGAGGGGCAGAGACUUUCAGAAGCCCCCUCUCUUAACUCCGUAAAGAAACAUGUAAAGAAACAAACACAUUGUGAUAUAAUACAGUAAGUGACUUAAAUGAGCAACAUAAAAAUGUAUAUGCGUUAAAGAUAACACAUGUAUCUGUCCGAGGAGAGACAGCGCUGUUGAUGUUUCUGUUGGGACGGAGAAGCCGUUCAUGUGCUGGGUGUCAGUCGAGUGGAGAAGGGGAGAAAUCAUUUCAGACAUUUUUACGAUGGAACAUAAAACUUUGUGCACCUUCAGAGACACCAGAAGGUGUGAUUUAGAGACAAGAGGCAGGACAACCAGGCCAUGAAAACAUCUAACAUGGCAUCUAGAAGACUUCAGUAGUUAAAACAGUUAUAGAUGAAUAAAAAAUACAGACAGUAAAUAAAAGAGAGACAAUAAAAUGUGCCAUAAAACUGUU